CAGACGUGAUGGGAGCCGACCUGAGCGCAGAGAAACGAUCACUGGACCUCUCCUCCUACUCCAGCGGCUUCUCCCAGCCCGCCUCCCAUCGGAACCAGACCUUCACCUACAUGGGGAAGUUCUCCAUCGACUCCCAGUAUCCCGGGAACUGGAACCCCGAGGGGGUCAUCAACAUCGUCUCAGGCAUCUUUAACGUGGCCCAACCACCUCCUCCUCCUCCUCCUCCUCCUCCCUCCUCCUCAGCGUCCUCCUCCCCGGCUUCAUCCGGGUCUCCUCAUCACUUCUCCAGUGGAGGUCUGAGCUGCACCAUGGCGGCGCAGAGCCAGGCAGACAUGGACCACCACCACCACCAGCACCACCACCUGUACUCCCCCCCGCCUCCCUACUCCUCCUCCGGCUGCGGGGAGGUGUAUCAGGACCCCUCGGCGUUCCUGUCCCCCUCCUCCUACCCGCCUCCCUCCUACUCCUCCCCCAAGCAGCCCAGUUCCGACCCCCCGGGGCUCUUCCCCAUCAUCCCCGACUACUCGGGCUUCUUCCAGCCGGCCUGCCAGCGGGACGUGCACACGGCGGCCAUCCAAGACCGGAAGCCGUUCGUCCCGUGCCCGCUGGACACGUUCCGGGUCCCCCCACCUCUGACCCCGCUGAACACUAUCAGAAACUUUACGCUGGGGGGUCCGGGCAGCGGCGGCGGCUCCGAGGCAGGGCAGCCGAGGCUCCCCUCAGCCUACAGCCCGCAGAACCUGCCCCUGAGGCCCAUCCUGCGGCCGAGGAAGUACCCGAACCGGCCCAGCAAAACGCCCAUCCACGAGCGGCCGUACCCGUGUCCGGCCGAGGGCUGCGACCGGAGGUUCUCCCGCUCCGACGAACUCACGCGACACAUCCGCAUCCACACCGGACACAAGCCCUUCCAGUGCCGCAUCUGCAUGCGCAACUUCAGCCGCAGCGACCACCUCACCACGCACAUCCGCACGCACACGGGCGAGAAGCCGUUCGCCUGCGACUUCUGCGGCCGCAAGUUCGCGCGCAGCGACGAGCGGAAGCGACACACUAAGAUCCACCUGAGGCAGAAGGACCGGAAGUCCUCCACCGUGUCCUCGGCGUCCUCCUCCGGCAGCUCCUCCGCGCUGGAGCGGCCGCCCGGCUCCGGGAUCUGCUCCUAGGUCCGGAGUCAGCAGCGAGUCGCGCAGCCGAGUCCACAGGUCCGGGAACUGUUGUGGACCUGAACGCUGCGGGCUCAAACACGGACCAGAACCUUUGUGCAGCCGUGCGUCAUGACGCACGUCCAGAACUCAUGAACGCGCUUUGGCUCCUGGAAUAAACACAUCCGUUCAUCUCAUUUCUAAUAAAACAUUCCUGAUCAGAAAUAACGUUUAAAGAAAUACAAAUAAAAGUUUUGACUGACGAAGUUGUUUGUUUUAACCUGUUUGUUUUCAGCACCUUGUUGUGUCGUUUGGACCAAGAAGGAUUUAUUUAAUGUAAAUCUGUUAAAGCUUUAUUUUUCUACACCUCACUAACUGUGUGUUUAAAACAACAAGCUGUAAAUACGCUCAGCUGUCAUGUUGUGUUUGAGACUCAUUAAAAGGUGAGGAAGACA